UUUACGGAAUAGUUACAUUGAACUCUCUGAUAUCCAAGUAAUGGAAAAGGAAUCCAUUCCAAGCAAUAUGUUGAAAUUGUUCGGGCUGGUUAUAUGCAUUUCUCUAACAACAUAUGCUCUUGCCACAACUCCCGAGGAAGAACAGGGAGUACGAUUUGCCAGCAAGUGUGAGACAUGCAAGAUCCUUGCCACAGAACUACAAGAACGUCUUUCAGAGACCGGCAAGUCUCACGAUGUCAUUGAAACAGGCUACUCCGUAGAUGACGUCAAGCCCAAAAAGAGGACAGAGUAUCGUCGAAGUGAGUUACGUUUGCUGGAAUCACUGGAAAAUGUUUGUGACAGGAUUUUGGAGUACAACCUGCACAAGGAACGCAGCGAUAGCACUCGUUUCGCCAAAGGCAUGUCUGAAACAUUUAAAACAUUACAUGGACUGGUGGAUAAAGGAGUCAAAGUGGAUUUGGGAAUACCAUUAGAAUUGUGGGACAAACCGCCCGUAGAAGUUACGCACAUGAAGAGUCAGUGCGAGGAUAUGUUGGAGACAUAUGAGGACGCAAUUUACGAAUGGUAUUUCCAUGAACAAGAUCAGAAGGGUUUAAUCGACCAUUUGUGUGCCGAGCAAGUUUUGCACGAAAACGACAAGAAAUGUUUGAAGGAAACCGUACAAGGUGUUGUUGGGAAGAACAAACCCAACAAGGAUGUUAAAGGUGAUAGAGGAGGGGAACUGUAACUCUGAGAUUCUCAUAAGCGAGCAUUUAAUUCCAUUUUAUAUACUAUUUAUUUCUAAAUAAAGAUGCAUACAAUUGUAAGGAGAUCAAAA